CCGGGCGCGGGGCGGCGGAGCCUCGGGGCUGCGCUCGCCGGGAACAAAAGGCUCCUGCUGCCCGCGCAGCGCGCCGCGGCCCGGGCUCCGCGGCACCAUGUCCGGCUGCGAGCCCCGCCGCGCCCGGGCGCUGCUGCUGCUGCUCGCCCUCUGCAGCCUGAGCGCUGCCCAGCCCCGCCAGCGCCAGGGUUAUUUGAUUGCAGCACCUUCUGUUUUCCGCUCUGGGGUGGAGGAAGCCAUAAGUGUGACCAUCUUCAACUCUGUGAAGGAGACCACGGUGCAGAUCCAGCUGGUGGUGAAAGGAGAGACGGUGUCACGGAGCCACGGAACGGUCCUGGAUAAAGGAACAAUUAAGCUGAAGGUGCCUUCAGGGCUUCGUGGACAAGCACACCUGAAGGUUUGGGGCAACAGGCACCUGGCAGAGGAAGGGUACAUUUUCCACAACUACACCACGGUCACCAUCGACAGCAAGGGCUCCUCAGUGUUCAUCCAGACUGACAAACCUGUCUACAAACCCAAGCAGAAAGUGUUGAUAAAUCUCUUCAUGGUGACUUCUGACCUGAGGCCAGUCAAUGACAGGAUUGAAGCUUAUGUGGUGGAUCCUCGGGGCUCUCGCAUGAUAGAAUGGAAGAACUUGAAGCCAUUUUGUUGUGGCAUUGUCAAUAUGACUUUUCCCCUGUCUGAUCAGCCAGUGUUUGGGGAAUGGCUCAUCUUUGCUGAGAUGCAGGGGCACACUUACAACAAAUCCUUUGAGGUGCAGAAAUAUGUGUUGCCAAAGUUUGAGCUGCUGAUCGAUCCCCCUCGCUACAUCCGUGACCUGUCACUGUGUGAAAAAGGAACUGUCCAUGCCAGAUACACAUUUGGCAAACCAGUGACAGGGAAGCUAAUUGUCAAUAUGACUAUAAAUGGUGUUGGGUACUACAGACAUGAAGUGGGACACCCUGUCCUCAAGACCACCCAGAUCGACGGCUCUGCCGCCUUCGAGGUGUGUGUCAGGGACAUGAUGCCAGCAGAUGUCCCCGAGCACUUCCGAGGCACAGUCAACAUCUGGGCCACGGUGAUCAGCUCUGAUGGCAGCAAGCAGGUGACCUUUGAUGACUCCACACCUGUCCAGAAACAGCUGAUUGAUAUCAAGUACUCCAAGGACACCAGGAAACAGUUCAAACCUGGGCUGCCCUACAAGGGAAAGGUAGAGGUCACUUACCCCGAUGGGAGUCCAGCUGACAGAGUCACCAUCCGAAUUAAAGCUGAGCUCACACCAAAGGACAAUGUUUACACAAGUGAACUGGUCUCAAGGAAUGGCCUGGUGGAGUUUGAAAUCCCCUCCAUCCCCACAGCUGCCCAAUAUGUCUGGCUGGAGACCAAAGUGAUAGCAAUUGAUGGGAAGCCCUCUGGGGAUCAGUAUCUGCCCAACUACUUGUCCAUCAGCAGCUGGUACUCACCCAGCAAGUGCCACAUCCAGCUCCAGGCACCAGAUAAACCUUUCCAGGUGGGAGAGGAGGCCUGGAUUGCAGUGAAAUCCACCUGUCCUUGCAACUUCACUCUCCACUAUGAGGUGGCAUCACGAGGGAACAUUGUCCUGUCGGGGCUGCAGCCCAGCAAUGUCACCCAGCAGAGGAGCAAGAGAGCCACCAGCCCCUUGGAGAGGAACAUUGACCUCACACGCUUCCCAGAAACAGCACCUCCCAGCACUCCUGCAGCAGAGGUUGAGGUGUGUGUGACCUUCCUGAGGUUCUCAGUCGUUCACUCCAUGGCUCCCCUGGGCCGGCUCCUGGUGUACUACGUCAGGGAGAACGGAGAGGGGGUCACAGACAGCCUGCAGUUCACUGUCACCUCCUCCUUUGAGAACCAGGUUAGCGUGGCGCUCUCAGCCAACGAGACCAGGCCUGGUGAUGUUGUGAACAUCAAGGUCAGAGCUGCAAAAGGAAGCUGUGUCUGCAUGGCCACGGUGGACAAGAGUGUCUACCUGCUCAAGACAGGCUUCCAGCUGACAGCCAGCCAGGUGUUCCAGGAGCUUGCAGAGUAUGACGUGUCUGAUGCUUUUGGAGCUCCAAAGGAAGAAGGGCACUUCUGGUGGCCUGGCAUGUCCUCCCGCCGGCGCCGCAGGUCCUCUGUGUUCCCCUGGCACUGGGACAUCACCAAGGACGCUCGCUUCGCCUUCACAGAAACUGGCUUGGUGGUGAUGACUGACAUAGUCAGCCUGAACCACAGGCAGAAUGGAGGGAUGUACACAGAUGAGGCUGUCCCAGCCUUCCAGCCACACACUGGCACCUUGGUGGCCACCAUGCAUUCCAAAAUAGCACCAAGCAGAGCAGAGAAGAGGAAAAGAACCUUCUUCCCUGAGACGUGGAUUUGGCACUGCCUCAAUGUCAGCAGCAGCUCAGGGGAAGCCCAGCUGCAGGUGGAGGUGCCCGACUCCAUCACCACGUGGAUCACGGAGGCCGUGGCUCUGUCUGAGGAGAAGGGGCUGGGCAUUGCCAGCCAGACAGAGCUGAAGACAUUCAAACCCUUCUUCAUCGACUUCACCCUGCCCUACCACGUCAUCAGGGGAGAGCAGACCAAGAUCCCCCUCACUGUCUACAACUACCUGCCCCUGUGUGCAGAGGUCCACGUGAAGAUUUCUGUCCCAAAAGGCAUAAAGUUUGUUGGGCACCCUGGGAAGCACCACCUGACCAGGAAGAAGUGUGUGGCCCCUGGGGAAGCCAAGCCCACCUCCAUCGUCCUGGCCUUCAACGAGCUGGGCCUGAGCAACAUCACUGCAAAAGCUUUUGCCUAUGGUGGGACCAACUGCUGCCAGGAGGGGAUGCAGAGCCUGAAGAAUGGCAAACACUCUGAGGACUCUUACAUGGACAAAAGGAGCCCUGUGGGGGUGGAUUAUGUUCGCAGCAGUGUCAUUAUUGAGCCAGAGGGACUGUCCAGAGAAUACACCUACAGUGUGUUCUUCUGCCCAAAUGAGAAAAUACACAUUUCCACACCUAACAAAUAUGAGUACCAGUACAUGCAGAAGCCAGCCCAGAUGAGGCACUUUGACCUUGCUGUGAAGGCUCACAACGAUGCUCACCUGGCCCUGUCCUCGGGCCCCCACGACAUGGCAGAGAUGGCCGAGAUCGUCAUCGGGGGACAGCAGAACACCAAAACCUGGAUUUCUACCAGCAAAAUGGGAGAGCCAGUGGCCAGCAGGGACACGCCUGGCAUCCUCUCCUGGGAUGAAUUCCGCAGCUUCUGGAUCAGCUGGAAAAAUGGAGUUAUCCAGGUUGGCCACGGUACUCGGGUGCUAAACGAAUCUAUAAUUGUGGAGUGGACAGUCCCCAAACAGCUUGAGGUGAAGUACAUUGGCUUUUCCACAGGCUGGGGGUCAAUGGGAGAGUUUAAAAUUUGGAGAAAAGAAGAGACUGAUGAAAAUCACAAUGAAGCAUUUACUCUUGGAGUUCCCCACAACAUAAUUCCAGGAUCAGAAAGAGCUACGGCUUCAAUAAUAGGAGAUGUGAUGGGUCCUACCCUGAACAACCUGGACAACCUGCUGAGGUUGCCCUUUGGCUGUGGGGAGCAGAACAUGAUCCAUUUUGCUCCCAAUGUCUUUGUCCUGAAAUACCUGCAGAAAACCAAGCAGCUCAGCCACGAGGUGGAGGUUGAAGCUACAGAUUACCUCGUUCAAGGCUACCAGCGCCAGCUGACCUACAAGAGGCAGGAUGGCUCCUACAGUGCUUUUGGGGAGAGGGACUCCUCAGGGAGCAUGUGGUUAACAGCUUUUGUCCUCAAGUCCUUUGCUCAGUCCCGUGGGUUUAUUUUCAUUGACCCCAAAGAACUCACAGCUGCCAAAGACUGGAUCAUCCAGCACCAGAAAGAAGAUGGUUCUUUCCCUGCUAUGGGCAGGAUACUAAACAAGGACAUUCAGGGUGGGAUCCAUGGGAAGAUCUCCCUGACAGCUUAUGUGGUUGCAUCUCUUCUGGAAACAGGUGUCACUUCUGAGGAAGAAAGAACAGCUGUAGACAAAGCAAAACACUUCCUGGAGUCCAACCUGUACUCAGCAGAAGACCCCUACACCACAGCCCUGAGUGCCUACGCCCUGACCCUGCUGCACAGCCCCAGUGCAGCUGCCACGCUGCGCAGGAUGAACAGCAUGGCCAUCACCCAAGAUGGAUUUACACACUGGAGCCUCACGGGAACCCUUGUCACUGAUGAAGACACCUUCAUGGGGUUUAAUGAUGGACUCUCUCAAUCAGUUGUUUCUGCAGAGGUGGAAAUGACAUCUUAUGCCCUUCUGACCUACACACUCCUGGGAGACGUGGCCUCUGCACUCCCUGUGGUCAAGUGGCUCUCACAGCAGAGGAAUGCCCUGGGAGGAUUCUCAUCUACUCAGGACACCUGUGUGGCCCUGCAGGCUCUGGCUGAAUAUGCCAUCCUUUCUUAUGUUGGAGGAGUCAACCUGACCAUUUCCUUGGCUUCCACUAACCUGGACUACCAGGAGACCUUUGAGCUUAACAAGAUGAACAAAAAAGUCCUUCAGACUGCAGUGAUCCCCAGUAUUCCAACAGGGCUGUUUGUGAGUGCCAAGGGUGAAGGCUGCUGUCUGAUGCAGAUCGAUGUCACUUACAAUGUACCUGAUCCCAUAGCCAAGCCAGCCUUCCAGCUGCUGGUGACCCUGAAGGAGCCCAAGGCAGAGCAGCCCCUGCCAGCCCCAGCCCCGCUGCGCUUGGGCUCUGCCGCCGGGCGCCGCCCCGGAGCCCUGCACAGGGACAGGGCCCUGGGGGACGACGAGGACCCGGCCUCAGACCAGGACCACCGAGAGUACAAAGUCAUCCUGGAGACCUGCACGAGAUGGCUGCACUCUGGAUCCUCAAACAUGGCUGUGUUGGAAGUGCCUUUGUUCUCGGGGUUUCGGGCAGAUAUUGAGAGCCUGGAGCAGUUAUUGAUGAACAAGCAAAUUGGGUUAAAAAGAUAUGAAGUGGAUGGAAGAAAAGUCCUGUUUUAUUUUGAUGAGAUUCCCAGCCAGUGCAUGACCUGUGUGAAGUUCCAAGCUUUCAGAGAGCACAUAGUUGGGAAAACAGCCCCUGUUCCCAUCAAAGUGUACGAUUACUACGAGCCAGCUUUUGAAGCCACUCGUUUCUACAACGUGAGUGAGAACAGCCCCCUGGCCAGGGAGCUCUGUGAUGGCCCAACCUGCAAUGAGGUGGAAAGCUCAGCCAGCCAGUGGGUUGGCUUUGUCCACUCUGGCCCUUGCAACAACAUCUUUGGCUGCCUGGAGGACGAGUACUUCGAGCAGUGCCUGUGCUCGCGGGACUGCGGCUACGACGGCGAGCCCGUGUGUGGCUCUGAUGGCCACAUCUACCCCAACCACUGCCAGAUGGAGGUGGCAUCGUGCAGGAACAACACCAGGAUAGAGCAGAUGCCCAUGUCUCAGUGUGCUGCCUCCAAGAACCUGCCAGAAGAAAGGGAGACACACUCCCACACAGCUGAGCAGCCCAGUGUUCCCCAGACUCCAGCAGCUGAGGAGGGGCCCCCCCUGCACACAGACCUGUCCUACUACUCCUACGAGUACGACCCCGACGCCUUCGCCGUGGAGGGCGACGUGUUCGAGGUGGUGGCAGAGCUGAGCACGGCCAGCACCUUCAGGGAAGGGGACAGCAGCCAGGCUGAGGCCACCCCAGCAGAAUGAAAUACAUAAUUUAAAUAAAGAGAAGAGGCUCAGAAUCAACUCCUGUAUGAGUUUGCUCCUCCAGACGACCUGCUGCAGAACAGAAUCUGAAUGAUGACUACUUCCUGAUGCCCUCAGAACUGUAG